AUGAGUGGUGUUAUUCAGUUCAAAUAUAAUUAUUCUGAUAAGAAGUUUAAUAUUAUACGUAUUAGUGGAAGGGCACUUAAAAAAAAUGAUUUGAUGAAACUAUGUAAAACUCAAGCUAUACCAGAAGAAUUCCACGAAUGGUAUAAAAGUAUACCAUCAUGUUCCAAAAAGAAAGAAACUGUGAUACUAUCUGAAUCUGAAAAUGAUUCUAAUUAA